CAAGAGCCAGAUGGGCCAGCCGAGCACCGGUUCCUGGAGCAGUGCCAGUUCCUGGAUCAACAUCAUCAGCGGCAGCCGUACACCGUGUACAAUCUGCAGAACGAGUUCGCCUUGUUGGGCCUCGAGCCCUUCCGCUGCAUAAGCUCUAACGAUUGCCGACGUAACAACAUCUAUCUUUUUAGUUACUCCCAGGGAAACGAGAACGACAAUAAUUACAACGAGUGUCGAGUGCCGCCUCCGUUCCCGUUUCGCUACGAGACCCCGAAUCGAUCCCUAAGCAUCACAGACGUCACCUAUGACGGAAGCAACCCCGGCGAGAACAACAACGCGAUCGUCAGAUACGACGAGAACGACUACGACGACGUGGAGGAAGACGACGAAGAGGAGAGCCCCAGGAAAGGCAUCCUGAAGCAGAUGUUCUGCCUGCCUCUGCAUUGAGCUGGGCAAAGGACAUGUUCCUCAUCUCGGUGGGGCUCGAGUACAGGGUGUCGCACGUCGAUUGCAUCUUAACGCGCUUUGUUACAAUCCGAGAUCACAUUCCAGAGUCAGUGGGAAAAGUCGAUGAAGGGUGGAGUUACAUUGGAUUCGGUUCAGGGAUGAUCAGCGAUUUUCUGUCCCACUUUGGAGAACCCUGGGUACAGUCGCUAACCGAAUGUGGUUGAUCUUCGAAAAUCCCGUCAGGAUUCUCUGCUACUCAGGGGCACCCACUCGCAUAUUACUUCAGGGGGAUGAGUUGAGUUCCGUUCCGGAGGUAUUAGGUUCCAUUCCUGCGUAUGUUGAUUAGGAUUUUAAUUUUCUUGCGACCACUUACAGUAUUGUAAAGGCUGCGUGACGAAUUCGGUAUUAAGGGGGUCGAUCGCGGGGGUGGGUCUGAAGCUCGGUAGGAUAUCGUCUGAAACCUGCACCGCUGCAGUCCAGGGCUCCUUUGAGACCCUGUGGAAUCGGAGAAACGUAUGAAAGUAAAACGUAGAUAUUUCCACGGUUAUCCUUGCGAUAUCCUGUACAACGCGGCCGUAGUUGUCCUGACUUUAGUUUCGGAAAAGACGGUUUAAUUUGAGAAUGGAGUCUUCGGUAACGUGUGGACCAUUCUGCUAUCCGAUCAGUCGUUUCCGGAAAUCUCGAUGAUUUGUUGUCGCCCAUCAUUUUUCAGUUAUAGAUAGGUCCUUGGUUUCGGCAGGCCCGAGGGUUCUGCUGAUUGGCAUCAGCUGAUUCCUAACUGGCUGUAACGUUCACAGGCAGACGAGACUCGAGAUCAAGGUGACUAGGUACCUGACUGCACCGAUUAAUUUUUGCAUCGCUUAUUAACUCAUUCCAUCAUUAUCCGACUAAUCAAGGAUGGUCACCGAGGUCGUAUCAAAGUGUUCCCAAUUACACCCGGGAACAUUUCAUACCAAAAGAUCAUAAUUUAUACGAUUUCCGAUCCUUUGGUAGUGACCAUCCUCCGCUAGUAGCGCUUCUUGCGGUCACUCCGAGAAUCAAUCGCUGAUCGCGAGGGUCGAUUUUAGUCGUACGUAUGAGUGUUGUCAUUAGAUCAUGUAUGAAUGGUGGAGCAGCUUGGGACGAAGUUCAGACUUCGCCGACAGGACUGCGUUGCGUUUUCCGAGCGUUGAGUUAGCGAUUGUCGAAUUACUUCCUCCAUGACUUUGGGCUACCCACUUAGAGGCAGGCAUGAUUUUUCAAAGGCGACUUUCGUUCGAUUUUCUUGGUUCUUUCUUUUUUUUUUAAUCUUCUACCCUCCGUAAGUUUCCUAGUUUCGAAUACCUGGCAGCUUCGACGACUCCGUCGUUUCUGAUCUGAUGUUAGCUGACGACCAGGACGCCUCCCAACUAAACGACCCGCUAAUAAUUUGUAGCUUUUUCAGGAAACGUCCGCGGUGCGAGCCGCGUUGACGUACGUAUAAAUAUAUAAAUAUUACACAUAUUAUAUAGAGAGAGAGAGAGAGAGAGGAAAAGGGGAGCGUGUAUAUAGGGUCGAACUCGAAAGUCGUGCGUGUCCGAUGAGCCGACUGUAGCUAUACUGUAAUAUAACGACAUAAUUAAUAUUAUAUAUAUAGAGUAUAAUGACAUGUGCAUUAUCGUUAAGAUUCGCUCUACUCGUGUUAAGUAUGGUGGCGUGAACUCGGCCGAAAUUUCGGGGGUGCGGAAUUUCCCGAGAAGUCUUACGUUUAUGAGAAUGCCGUAGUAUUAAUUUUGUGCGUAUCGUUGCGUUGGAACGAUUUAUUUAACGACUCGUCUCCUUGGAAUCGGGAUUUCACGCCACUGGGGUGUCUCAUUGUCGGCAACACUUUCGCACCGGUCGAACCAGAGCGCGACGGAUCUAAGCCUUCUGUACUUAUUAAUUAGUCGUAACUAACUCUCUCGCAUUUGCCAAACAUUAUUGGCAGUACUACCAAAGGCUCUGAUACGCCUAUCAGGCAUGUCCAAAAUGUUGAGGCCCUAACUCUGUCGCGACACAUGCUACUCUUACCAAGUCACCCACGUGGUCGGUCGACUUAGGCGUUACCUUUUUACCCGACCGACCUCUCAAGAUAUGUCUUAUAUUAUUUCCUCUUAAGGCGAUGCGAAAGUAGCGUCGAAGAGUUCUCGUUCUCGUAGCUUUUCUCCAAACUAGGUGUACCGAAACGAUUUAAACCUUACAACAUAAAUAUAGAGAGUCUAAGGAAGGUCCCGACACCCAUGAAACUUCAAUUUUUCUUUAAAUUUGUUUAUGGAUAUUAAAAAAAAAAAAAAAAUCUCUUCACAAUUGAAAUUUUAUGCGCGUCAGGACCUUCCUUAGUGCUUCCACUGGUGAAAUUCCGGACGAUUCGGGUUAAUUGAGUUUGCAGAAAAGUGUUAUAAACGAUUCAGACGAUUCAGGUGCCGCUUUCAGACCGCCUUAAUCCCCAAUGAGCACUUUUCCUUUACUUUGCCGAGGAAUCGCGCGGACCCGAAACCGCAGAAGACUUCUUCCUUUUAUUGCGCCAUAUCGGCCUUCGCCGAUACUCGAUCGCGAUUCGCUAAUUCCUAAGAGUUUUAUAUGCGCUGAUAUACCUUUUUUUAGUAAACGAGCUGGGCGGGCCAUGCCGAAUGUAGUCUUUUGAUUUGUCUCCUUCGUCUCGCGAGUCCUCGUAAGGACGAUGGAGGAUCACUACUCGACUUCGCCGACAUUCAUUCGUCGGUCUCGAGCUUUUCGGCGCUAAGCUUCGAGGAUUAAAGAUUAGGGAUCCUCGAAGCUUACGACUUAUACACUCAGGCAGCUUCCGGAUGGGCUCACAAUGCUUUAGCUCAUGGCAAGGAUUCGUUUCGAGAAGACCGACGAUCGGUGGAUGCGGAUAUCGAACGGUGACGUCAAUCGCGGGAUCUAGAACCGAGCCAAUCGCGUCUCAUUGUUACGCAUAUGAAAUAUUAAAAGGAUAUAUAUAUAUAUAUGUGUAUAUGAUAUACACCAUAAACGCUUAUAUACAUACAUAUAAUUUAGGAUACGUCGCGCGAUCCUGAUACGAGAUCUAUUAUGAUAUAUAUAUAUUAUACUAAUGGCCUGACGACUUACGAUUAACGUUUACGUAUUUGGAAUUGUAUCGAAGAGUUACUAAGCACGUAGCCGUUGAUAGUAUUUUUAUAAAGUCUAACUUAUGUUUUAACCAGGAUUGUCGAUCGUAGAGGGUCCUGUAUACCGAGGAGGGAGUCAGUAAAAACGGCAGAAAAAAUUCGAGCUCGCCCAGAAGAACGGCCGAUACUUGAAGACCCUCUUCAAGGGGUCCUUCGAAUUCGAGACUUCUCAAUUUUUUUUUAGCCACGACCGUACGACUCGGAGUGCCUCAUUUGUUAAAACGAUUAGACCGCUUUGUUAAUCAUCUGUCCCAAGUUACCAGAGGGUACUGAAACUAAGCGUAUUGAAAAUGAAAUUCGAGUUCUAUGUCUCGGCCCUGCCGAGGGACUGUUGCGUCGUUCCGUUUAAUUCUUAGUGGAUAUAUUUAUAUAUAGCGUUAAAUUGUUGUAUGUAUAUCGGAUGGUGUGUGUCGUAUCGAUGGAGGGAUCUAGGGAGCUAAGUAAGACCAGUAUUAGGACCCUUAAGAGCAGUAUUAAAUUAACUUUGGCGUAAUCGACUAAAUGUAAAGGAGCAUUAACAGUAUUCUACUCGAUCGGAGAGCUGAUUCGAAAGGGGAAGGCGAUAUUAAUUAAUCGGGCAUCUCCUCAGACUGCUGGCUAACGGUCUAACGUGACGAUUUCGCCUUGAAAACUUGGAGGAAACAAUUGGAAUUUAUCUUGGAGGAGCGACGAGUCUCCUGGAUCCGAUCUUCUGGGCGCGCUCGGAUAAGCUAAGAAAGUUCGCACUCGAUAAGUCGAUCGCCGCGCCUCUAGCCGUUAAUUAAAAAAACCUGGAAUUUGUCAAUAGACGGGAUAAUGUCCUGGUAUUGUCCUCGGACAUUGCUCGAGGGGUUUCACGUCUUUUCUAUAUCUCCCGUUUCUUCGUUUAGUUCUUAUUCGCGAUCACUCCGAGCAAUGUCCGAAGGGCCUGCCCGGUGUCCCUGCAAGAGACUUUGUAAGAUUUAUUUUCCAUUGCGUAUGCUAAAUCCGAUAGGUUUAUCGCUAUCCGCAGCUGGUAGGUGUUCUUUAGUGCGCCGCAGAUUUGAUACUAGAUUUACAUAUUAUCGUGUUAAGUAGGAGAGGUCAUGCAGGACCUCGCGAGGAAUCGUCACGGACGAAGAUGGCUCCUCAUUUAACACGGACGAGCAUGUACGGAAUUUGACGGAGGUGUGGUCGGACUUUUGACGGUGAUAGCAGGACGAGAGUCUAAAGUUUAUUUUGCAUCUCUCAUAUACAGAUAUAUAUAUAUAUAUACACACGGUCCUUAAUAAACAAAUGUUCCGUUUAUUUUCACGCUGCACGAUGCCAGCCCAGUGUUUGAUUCUGUUCCAAGAUGGAGGAAGUGCUGCCCUAUGGGGUUGUUGCACCAGGGGAGGCAUUGUCCUUUUCGGUUUUGGUCCAGGAAUGAGAUCCCAAUUGUUGCAACGACUCCAUCUCCUUGAUCAGAUCCCGGGUUUGAUCCCCUUUAGAUAAGGGCGGCGGCGACAAGUAUUUGUUCCUCAGCGAGCGGUUAAGGGAGAGACUACCGAAACAAAUGAAAUAAUAGUUAGGUACAAUCUGUAAAUAAUUGCGUACUUAAGGAGGAUCGGAACGAGUUAAGGCGAUGUUGAGCGGCUGUUCAGGGUCAGCUGAUCGAGCGGUAUUCUCACGUCGCCUUUUUGGGGCGAAGCUUCGGACUUGGACCGAUAUGGGGGAGGCCUUUGCACCCUUUUUAAGGGGUGACUCCGUCGAUCGAAGUUCCUCACUCGUUCGGUUCACCCCCAAGCGAUAUUUGUCCUAGACUAAGUAUAUUUUAAAUGAUAAGGAACCGUCGUAGGGAUGCUGAACGAAGGAUCAUUCGGACUCGUCCCAUCGACUGCGUGUCGUACCCUGGCACUGAUAUGUAUAAUUUGCAUACGAGAUUGAUAAAAAAAAAAAAAAACAGCUGCACUAUCGUUGAAGCGAAUUGAAACUGGCUACACACGCUAUUGUUCGACCGAUGUAUCAGAGUAAAGAAAUGACAGUGAAGUACAUCGGUCUAAGGAUGGCGAAGUGAUGAUCAAAUCGUUUCAUGGAAUUUGUGACUUCUCGUAUACAUAGGGUAUAUAUCGGGGUAUCCUGGCCGUAUCUGUAAAUAAUUAACGGUGAUUAACAGCCGAGAUUCUAAAUAAGACUCUUCGUAGAAGUUCCGCCAGGGGCGAGUUGUCGUCCCUUGUCGGAAUUUCGGAAGAGGGUUGCCACCCCGAGUGGCGGAUUUUACUCGCGAGGCCUGAUAUUUCGUAACGCGACUUUUAAUACCCACCGUUAAAAGUUAACCGAGGCCCUAGUCUGGCCAGACGUUGGCCUGGUCGAUUUUAACAAUCCACACUAACCAAAGCCGGGGAGAUUGCCCAUUUUUAACGAUCCCUUAUCACUUUGCGUACCCUCUAAGGAUAUCUGCAUUAACGUAAUUUUAACGCGAAUUAUGGAAACGCCGUUGACGCGGUUCCGGCAGCCAUCUUGAGGCUCCGGUGAAGCCAGGUCGACCGAAUUGAAUAUUAAUAAGCGAGGAAGACACAUUUUAACAGAUCUCACUGAUCUAGCAUCUGAAAUUUCGAGGAAAAACACGAAAAAUGUUGCCGAAUACCCGUUGGGAGUUUCUGACCCCGAAAUUCAAGAUGGCCGACCUGGUUUCGCGGGACCGACGAAGCGAGGGAAGCAAUAUAACGGUGGAUUCGGUUCCUAGCUCUCGCAAAAUGAACAAUUCCGAUGUUCACUGUGACGGAUGGCUCACCGGGGAGGGGCGACAAAUUCCGGAUAUCAAUUCCGAAACUUUCCGCGCGUUUUAUCGGCGGAUUCUUAACGACACCCACGGGGAUCGAGCGUCCUUGCCGUCGAUCGCGAGGCUUCCCUCCCAACGUUUCGUUGGCCUUUAUCGGUUGAAACAUUUCAUUCAAGUUGCGGAAAAUUACAGUCGCAGUUGGCCAUUUCGACUCCAACGGUCUUCCACUUUACGCUACAUAUUGCUCGCAUGAUUUCGAGGAACGGGCGGAAAAGUGCGUUACGGUCGACGUCGGAUAGGGACGGAUUUCUUUUUCCACUUCUUCGUAUCGAUUGGAGAACAUUCGAGAGAUCUUUGGCCCAUUCGUUGUCCCGAGGGCGGAGGCGGGACCGGCGUAGGUUUAGUUUUACGAAGUUCGAUAGUAACUAUUGCUGUAAGAAUUGUAAACUCGUUCCUUCGACGAAGGCCCUCGGCAUUGUUUCUUCGUUGUCAGGACGAUGAGCUCCGGUUUGGUGGCUCAUCGGCUCGUUUUGCGACGAACGAUAACGCCUAAUCGCUAGGACACUUUGCGACCAUUUACCGUUUCAUCUGUUGCGGCCCCAUAAGUUUGACAAAAGUGCACGCCCAUGUACGCUGUAUCGUUUAUUACGUCGCCAGUGGACUAAGCACGCCAUAGCGCUAUUAUGAUUCCCCGAAAAUGGGAGAUGUGCACACUUCGAUUGACAUGCCUUAAACGUUACGGUUAACGGUCAAUUAACAGCCGUAGUAAUAGUUAAUUAACAACUCGCAGUCUCGGUUAAGGAGGAACAUGCUAUGUAUCAUGUGUGAACUUCUCUUGUCUCUAUAAAAACAUAAAGUCUCUCCUCUG